ACCCUGACCCCAGAGGAAGCUGAGAGUGGAGCGGAGCGACUAGGAUUGCUGGCGGCCCAAUACCCCGAUGAGACAGAGGACCCUUGGGCUAUGGAACCCCUUGGCCAGACGGUGCUGCUGUAUAAAUAGAGGUGCCGAGCAGCAGAGAGCUCCUGGCAGCCACCAUGCAGGGACUGAGGCUGCUGUGUUGCUGCGUGGCGUCUCUCCUGCUCCUCGGGGCUGCAGAAUUGCAAGUUUCUGCCUCGGGGGGCACUGAAGAUGUUGCCAACUUUGUUGAGAAUCACUUAUCAGCUGGAGACCGGAGCCUAGAGGGGAACGAAGGGGUACUUUGCCCAGACUCUGUACCUCCUGAGAAGACUGUUCUCCUCCAGCCUGCAGACAGCAAUGAGGCAGCAGCCCAGGAAAGGAGCGGAAUGCCACAUGACUGUGGUUCCAAGACAGGUGCUGAUAUAAAUAUCCCUGUUGAUGGCUCGAACAAUGAGAGCCAAGAGGAGGACAAUGACGUGAACGUUGCUAAUGCUUCUUCGUCGGUUUCAGAAUGUCACACUGCCACAGGCAGCAAUGCUGAUGGAGGUGAGAUUGUGGUGAGAGAGCCAGAGCCAGCAGAAGGGACUCCUCUCCCAGGGGAAGACACGGAAGAGCUGCUGGCCAAAGAACAGCCUGGAGGCAGCAGGAGCGAAGCUGCAAAGGAGAGCAAGGAGGAGGGGGAGCUCCAUGUGGCAGGGGUGGAGAUCAGGCUGGAAGAGGCUGGGAGUGAAGAGGACAGGAAAAACUCUCCUCCCGCCACAGCAGGGAGUUUUGAAGAGAGCACCUGCCUGCCUGCAGGGGAGAGGCAGGUUUCCCAGCAUGGUACAAAGGCUCUGGCUAGAGAGGAGGUAGCAGCAGCAGAACACCACUCAGGGCCUGAUGAUGGCAAAGAUGCUGCUGAAAAGGAAAGCGAAGUCAGCGAGGCCUCCCAGAGGAGCACGCCGCCCUCACCGGCCAGCGGGGAAUCGCCCCCUCAGGGAGAUGCACAUAGCGCUGAACCUGCUCUAGCAGAGCUAGGAACUCUUGAGGAAGAGGGGACACAGCCGGAAGAAGGCUCUAAAGAAGACAAGAGCCGUAUUCCACAUGCCAGCCAAGGUGCCGAAUCUCAUGUGCAAGGUAGGAAUCAUGCAAACAAGCAAGACAAAGAAGUCUCUAGCUCAGAGACCAGUCAUGUCUCUGGGGACCCUCUCGGGGGCAAUAGACUAGCUGUAAAAGAGAAGGAACCUGAUUCAGGCAACAGAACUGGUGACAGUCCUGAGGGGGAGACCGCCACUGAUGGCCAGCCAGCGGAAAGGGACCAAGAGGAACCAGGCACUGCCUCGGCUGAGGGAGUGGGAAAAAACCCUAACUUGGAAGCAGAAAAGUCUGAAGAAAGUUCAGAGGAAGAGGAUGAUGACCAGGAAGAGUCUGAGGAAGAGGGUGAUGACUCAGCAGAGGAAGAGGGUGAUGACUCGGCAGAGAAAGAGAAAGAGAGGACUGGCCUGGCAGAGGAAGAGGAUGGUGAUCCGGCAGAGGAAGAGGGGGCUGGCCUGGCAGAGGAAAAGGGUGGUGAUCUGGCAGAGGCAGAGGGUGGUGAUCUGGCAGAGGCAGAGGGUGGUGAUGAGGCAGAGGGGGCUGGCCCGGCAGAGGCAGAUGGUGGUGAUCUGGCAGAGGAAGAGGGGGCUGGCCUGGCAGAGGAAGAGGGUGGUGAUCCGGCAGAGGAAGAGGGGGCUGGCCUGGCAGAGGAAGAGGGUGGUGAUCCGGCAGAGGAAGAGGGGGCUGGCCUGGCAGAGGAAGAGGGUGGUGAUCCGGCAGAGGAAGAGGGGGCUGGCCUGGCAGAGGAAGAGGGUGGUGAUCCGGCAGAGGCAGAGGAAGAGGGGGCUGGCCUGGCAGAGGAAGAGGGUGGUGAUCCGGCAGAGGAAGAGGGGGCUGGCCUGGCAGAGGAAGAGGGUGGUGAUCCGGCAGAGGCAGAGGAAGAGGGGGCUGGCCUGGCAGAGGAAGAGGGUAGUGAUCCGGCAGAGGAAGAGGGGGCUGGCCUGGCAGAGGAAGAGGGUGGUGAUCCGGCAGAGGCAGAGGAAGAGGGGGCUGGCCUGGCAGAGGAAGAGGGUGGUGAUCCGGCAGAGGCAGAGGAAGAGGGGGCUGGCCUGGCACAGUCAGAGGAAGAGGCUGAAGAAGUCAUUGCCCCAGAUGUCCGAGAGGCUGCUAGUGACAUGGAAGACCAUGGCCAUGUCAAAGAGGAAGAGAUCAGUGAAGUGGAAGCUGAGUCUGAUUCUGCAGGCCAGGAGAAUGCACCCCGCAGAGACAUGGAGCAGGACAAAGAUCAUUCUCACAAUAGUAACCCAGCCGUAGCAGGAAGCCUUUCUGUGGAUGCGCAGUUAGUGGCAGAAACAGACAGCCCACCUGGCAACAACCGUCCUCCUGCUGGUGCUGUGCCUGACCCCAGGCAAAUAGAAGAGACAGAAGAUGUUGGGGAGACUGCCAAGAGGGACCGUUCCCAUAUAGAGAGCACCCUUAAACUGAGUGAGGCUAAACCUGCAGAUGACUACUCAGCAACACUGCAGCGGUUGAGGAAGAUCUACCACUCCUCCAUCAAACCCCUGGAGCAGUCCUACAGAUACAACGAGCUCAGGCAGCAUGAGAUCACAGCUUACCACGGACGUACCCUGGGCUCCUCAGCCACAGUGUGUGACUCAACCAGAGGGCUGAGUCAUCAGGCCCCACCACAAACCGAGAGAGAGAGAGAACAGGCACAUGCACUGAGACAGGGGUCACUUGCAAGAGACGGGGAGAUUACGUCCAAGCCAAUGGUGCUGUUCUUGGGACCAUGGAGCGUUGGCAAAUCCACCAUGAUAAACUACCUCCUAGGGCUGGACGACACGCCCUACCAGCUGUACACAGGGGCUGAACCCACCACCUCUGAGUUCACGGUCAUCAUGCACGGCCCAAAGCUGAAGACCAUUGAGGGCAUCGUGAUGGCUGCUGACAGCGCACGCUCCUUUUCACCCCUCGAAAAGUUUGGGCAGAACUUCCUGGAGAAGCUGAUCGGGAUAGAGGUGCCUCAUAAGCUUUUAGAGCGGGUCACCUUUGUAGACACACCGGGCAUCAUUGAAAACCGCAAGCAACAGGAACGAGGUUACCCAUUCAAUGACGUGUGCCAGUGGUUCAUCGACAGAGCUGACCUCAUCUUUGUCGUCUUUGACCCUACAAAGCUGGAUGUGGGGCUGGAGCUGGAGAUGCUGUUUCGCCAGCUGAAGGGCCGGGAGUCUCAGAUAAGAAUAAUCUUGAACAAAGCGGACAGUCUCGCCACCCAGGAGCUUAUGAGAGUCUAUGGCGCCUUGUUCUGGAGCUUGGCUCCUCUGAUCAAUGUCACUGAACCUCCCAGGGUCUAUGUCAGUUCCUUCUGGCCUCCAGAAUAUCACCCUGAAACCCACAAGGAUCUAUUCCUUAAAGAAGAGAUCUCGCUCCUGGAAGACCUUAACCAGGUGAUUGAAAACAGGCUGGAGAAUAAGAUUGCCUUCAUCCGCCAACAUGCCAUCCGGGUUCGCAUCCACGCUCUCCUGGUCGACCGCUAUCUGCAAACCUACAAGGACAAAAUGACCUUCUUCAGUGACGGGGAGCUGGUAUUCAAGGACAUUGUGGAAGACCCUGACAAGUUCUACAUCUUCAAGUCCAUCCUGGCAAAGACCAAUGUCAGCAAGUUUGAUCUCCCCAACCGCGAGGCUUAUAAGGACUUCUUCGGCAUCAAUCCCAUCAGCAGCUUCAAGCUGCUAGCUCAGCAGUGCUCCUACAUGGGAGGAUGUUACCUGGAGAAGAUCGAAAGGGCCAUUACUCAUGAGCUUCCUGAUCUCUUGGGGAGUAUUGGCUUGGGGAAGAAGCCCAGUGUUCUCUCCUGUGACACAACUGGCUGUGGUGAAACCCCAAGGAACCGCUAUAGGAAACCAUAACAUGCUAUGUACUAACAUAACCAUUCAUGUGUUCCUAUUGGUGAAUGAGCUUAUGUCUUAUCUGUCCAAGAAGCCAUGGUUUAUUAACCCUUUGAGUGCCACACUGGCAAGAGCUACUGUCCAACAAGGACUUUGAGUCAUUGACAUUAAUGGCAGGGGAAGUGGGGUGGGCAUAGAAAAGAGAAUAAAGAACUGUGAAUUCCUGACAUUUUAUCUUUGUUAUUUCAAAUAGAAAGCAAUGUUUAAACUGUAAGUAAAAGCAACAAAUGGUGAACUAAAGCUUUAGCUGCUUUUUCACUGGUACUGAAGUUCAUGAGUGUGGAACAAGAAGUUCAACCUUUGCAUACACUAAGCAGACAGGGAGUAGGAAAUGCAGACUCUGGAAAGAUAACCUGGAGGAAGGCUGCGACGCCUUGACCUGGAGAACCGGAGAGGAGCACCCCUGGGGAGAGAGAGAUCCAGCAGAGUAAAUGUCAGCUUUUGGUGGCUGUAUAUAGGCACGAGGACCACAGAAAUGCCUAUAAAUAAAUAAUAAUCUGUUUUUUUUUCUUUCCAAGACUCGUAGGCCAUCAGGUUCAGUUCUUUGUGAACUCCAUUUGGAUGACAGUUGAGCUGUAACUCAGAAUCUUUAGCAUUCACCCAGGUAUUAGCCCUCUCCUAUCCCCAGGGGUAGGGAAAGAAAGACCCCAUGUCUGUGUUUAGACUGGAUUCAGUCCAAUCUCUGGGAACAUAUGGCAUUGUUAGCAUCAAAUGCAUGUCCCAGGUGGGAUUUGGAAGUCUGGCUCAUAAGGAGAAAUGGACUGGAGCUGAAAGAGCAAUGGCACUUAAGUUACAUUUGAGAGACAGUGGCUGUAACUCAAGAAAGUUCAGAAGAAAGCCUUUAAACGCAUCGGUCUGUCCCUGUGCCUGAGAAGCGGCAGGGAGCUUAGUGUAUGCAUUUGCUGUUAGCGUCAUGCAGUUGUUGGCAAGUCAAGCACAAACCUUGGUAGGCUCAGAGGGUUAAUCAAUUUGCAUUUUGACCUUGUUUAUGCCAGUGUUGCAUGUUUUCUCCAAGUCAAAUCCCUGCGUUGUUGUGCGGUUUGGAGGAAGACAGGAACACCCUCCAUUUCACAGCCGUUGCCUGUUUUCUCUUCCAAUCUUUUAGCUGUAGGUUAGGAAGUCGAAGGUGUCUGGGCCCUAUCUUAUUUGGGCUGAGCCAAGCAGUCAUAUUUAUUUGUUGGCAUUGCCAUGUUGUUCACCUGCCCCAACACACCAACACCCAAAAUUGUGAGUUGCAGGAAAUGAUGCCAUUGGAACCAGUGCCAGCCUCUCAGUGGACAUAGUUCAUUGUAGAUGGCAACUAAAGCACGGGGGAAGUAUGGGAGCCCUCUUCACUAAGCAGGCAUUGUUUGGUUGCAAUGACCCAGCAUGGCUGGUGGUUGAGCUAAGCACUAACUGAAGAAGAAGGUGGAUGUUGCCCUGAAUGGUGUACGAGACCUGCUAAAUAGCCUUUCUUCAUUAUUCUCCCUGUCAAAUGGACCAGAGCUGUGGCCGGUCUUCAGAGAACCUUCUGAGUAGAAGUACUCACUGUAACAUACCUGUGGGCCUUAUCUGCACGGGGUCAAGAAUUCAAUGAAAUGCCAAGCAAAGCAAGGCAAAGAUAGAAAGACAAAAGGAAAUAAGAAAGCCAUAUGUUGGCUUUUUAAAGAAGAAACUUGAGCAGAUGAGAAAGUGGAAGGUGUUGACCAGAGCCUGUUGGGAGCAUGGCAUGGGGUCUGAAAGGCAGCACAUCUCUGAUCCACGUGUGAAUAGAGAUGGAGCUGUGGCUACAGGAGAACCAAACAUAUCUAGCAUUGGUCUGGGAUUCAGCUUCCUUGGUGCCGAAACCUUGAGUUUAAAAGAAACGAUCUUUUAAAGCAAUCCAGGUGAGUUCUAGUGGCCAUUUUCAUGGGUGCUUGACUUGAUCCAAAUGUGUCACCCUGGAGGAUACAUCUGAUGGGUAAUGAGUCCCCAAAGGCUGGGUGCCGGAGAAGAAACAAGUACAUCGAUGAGUACUGCAAGAAGGCAGGUUACAUGCCGAGGGAUUUUGUGCACAGCACUGAAAGGAACAGGGGCAGCUAAUUAAGGCAAGAAGAGGUGUCAGAGAAACUGGCAUCUGAAAUAGCACAAAGAGAAGUGACAUGUUGGUGAGUCAAUACUGAGUGAGGUCUCAGACUGCUUUGGAGCUGCUUCCUCCAUUCACUUCUGUUCUUCUUCUCCUCUCUUUCUUUUACAUUGCCCCAUUCCUUCUCCUCAUCCUUCUUUGUCUUGGUCACCCACUCUUUCUCACUUCUCAUUGUCCUCCAUUAAGCUUACCUGCUGCUCCUGUCACUUGGCCUAGUUUGCAUGGUUUUCUUAGGAGCAAAUGGAAAAGAAACACUGUCAGAACUGUGCUAAUUUUGCCACUGCUUCUGCCAUCACAUUAUGUUUUAUUGUCACCAUAAGCAAAUAAGUCUGUUAAACUUUUCUAAUUCUCUGUGCCUUAUUCUUCCUGCUCGUUCUUUGCCUUUUUAUUUCUCUUCGCUGUGCUGCCAUCUUCUUUUUGUCUUUCUCCUGUUCAUGUUCUCUUCCCCUUUUCUUCAAUCUUUCUCCUACCUUUUCUUUCCUCCGUUUCUUGUCAUCCUCUUUUCACUAUACCCAGGUCCUUCCUUCCUAGUUCCCUCUAGCUCACUAGCAUCCUGCUGGUCAUAAAGCUACUGCUCUCCUUUUGGGUGUUGGUGUAGUUUAUGAUUGUGGUGUGGCUGGUGUUACCAACACAAUAUAGACCGAAGAACGUUGGCAGCAUUGAGGAGGAUGGAGGUUGUAAAGCACGGUUGUCUACAAGUACUGGGCCUGUUGGUUGACGUCCUGUUGGGUAAGCAUUCAUUGACAAUGAAGUUCUCUGCAUAUACUCAAGAAAAUCUCCUGUAAUCAGAUGAGUUCACCUUUUAACAUGUGACUGACAAAAGCAUAGUACUGGCUCAAAAGCCCAGCAUAGAGGCUCAUGCAUUGAUCAUAACCAUCUUCCCAUCUGAAAAUUUACACUAGGAUUCUCUUCUUAAAAGCACUCCUGGCGCUCCAAGUUUAACCCCCCUGUGGCCUGACAUCAGGUGACCCUUAAGAAACAGUGGACCUAAGAAGUGCAUUUGUUUGUUAACUGCACAUCAAGCUGGGCCCACUCUUAGCUCUGGUUGGCUACCACAGCCCUUGUUGGGAAUCGGACACAUUUCUGAUGGCCUUUCUUCCCAAACCCCUUGACACUUGAAAUUACUUGCAUGGCCACAGCAAAUGAUUGUUAGUCUAAGAAGGACUGUAGUUCAAAGCCCAUCUCAUCUGACACAGUCUGAUGACACAGCAGGCUCCUACCAUCAAUCUGACUGUCUCUGUUUUAUGAAACAAAAUGAACUUGAUUAGAAACAAAAUAUAAAGCGUGACAUAAGCGAUGUGUCUCUGAGUUACAGGAAAUGCAUCAGGAAUGAAAAUAGGGAGCCUGAAGAUCUUUUAAUUUUGCUAAAAAACCCAACAUCCCUAAACCCACUGUUGUGUGCUUCUUUUUUAACAGGAAUCUGAACAGACAGAUUAUAAAGAAUUACAUGCUGUAAUAUAUUCCCAAUUAGGUGUUCAUGAUAAUGUGCAUUUGGAUAAAAUUGUUGGUCCUGUACAUCAACCCGUCUAAUAAAAUCAGUAUUUUUCAAACACA